AAAAUACACAUGUAUGAAAUGAAGCUAUGUGGUGUGAUGGAAGCUGGAUGUGCUGUACAAAUGCUUUUUUGUUGUUGUUUUUAUUAGAGAUUUACAUUGCUCUUAUUUCGCUGCUGCGACGUUUUUACUUAUACGAAUUUAUGUAUACAUUAUAUUUUAUUUAUUUAUUUUGUGGAAAAAAACAUUCGUUUGAGAUUCUUUCGCAUGAAUGUGCCGCAGCUUUUCAUAAGCAACAGUUUAAGUAAAAAACGCGAACGAUUCGCUAGGCGGGCGCGUGAAUAGACGGAAAGUGUAGAUUCAAAUUUAGCUAAGCGCAAUUCUAAUGGAAAUUAAAAUUUUAUGUAACCAGAACUGUGUGGGAUUGGAGAGCGUUUUUCGGCACAGGAAAUGAAAUAAAUAAAAGGUGCGCUAAAAAAAAGUGUGGCAAAAACAAACAAACAUUUAAUAAAAAAACGGUAAAAAUAUUGAGACAUUUUUAAAAAAAUUAAAAACUAAAAAAGUGCCCAAAUGACCACCGGGUGUGCGAAAAAAUGAAAUUUCCUGCGCGUAGCAACAACAAAAGCUCAAUAACUUUAACUGCAGCGCACAGUGUUGGUGCUGGCGGUGGUAGCAGCAUGCGCGCUACAAAAUAUGCUAACGCCCACAAGGACAACAGCUGCAAGGACACGAACAACAAAGAACGUCGUGCGCCCAGCUUGUUGACAAACGCAGUAAAAAUGAAAAUUACCAAAUGCAAUGCCACCAAAUUGGCUAGCGCUGCGAAUGGAAAUAAGCCUGCUUCAGCUACAACAACAACAACAGCAGCGGCGGCGGCAACAGUAAGCAACGCAACAACAACAACAACAGCUAGUGCGUUUAACAGUAAUAAUCUCAGUAGAUUGUUGAAUGAAAGUCACAGAAUACAGUUAACGCCAGGCGCUCAAAACCAGCAAGACGCACAAGGAUUGCAUUUUGUGAAUAGACAACACUAUCGACCAACGCCGCAGCCGGGUGAGGGAGUGUGUGGUGAGUACGCGCAUAGAGGAUCCCACAUGUUGAAUGCGAAUGCAGGCGGCGCAGAUGGUGAAAGGCGACGCGCACAAGUGCAACAACAACAACAACCCUCAACGUCUUAUUCACGGCAGCAGGAUCAGCUAUUGGCGGAAGACAUGCGUGCUUAUGCCACAAGUACAGCAGCAACAGCUACAUCCAUUGGGCAUGAAAAUCCAGAGCGACGCAAUGCAACAACGCCAAUGGCUGACACACCAGCAGGAGGGAGGAUGGUGAGCAGCAGUAGCAGCGUUGGUGUGGUAAAAGAGGAAGAGAAGAGUUCACCACAGCCAGUGGCCACAGCGGCGCUGGAAAGGAUGACAUCCAUAGCGACUGAGAUGCGCACUGCGCUGCCGCAACAGCAAGCAGUCAUGCGAAGUGCUGGGGAGAAUUGUGCGCAGCCGAGAGGCACAAGCGCCUAUACAACAACACCAACAACGGCUGCUUUGGCAUGCACAAAUGUGUACUCACACGCGCACUCGCUCGCUCGAUCGUCAGCACAAACACCAACACCAACACCAACACAAGCUGAACAGCACGCUUCGUACUCGUCACCUACGUCUUCACAGUUGGCUACCUUGCUUGCAUUGCCUGCCACUUUGCCGCCGUCAUUGGCGUCGUCGUCGUCUGCGGCAGACGCAGCGGCAGCGGCAGCGUCCAAGUCCACGUCCGUGUCAGUGUCCGUGUCGUCGUUAAGGUCCGCGACACCACAGCUCAUAUCAGUUGUCAACGAAACAUCAAACCAAACGGUGUUACGUACGAUCGGUGAAGCCCGAACAGCAACUACAGUAACAACGGCCUUUGAACAAACGCCAAAUGCAACAAUAACAAAAAUACCCACAACGCUUGCAACUAAUGCAAUUUUCAAAGUGAAAUUAGAGAAUAGCGAAGACGUCGAAACGGAUAAUAAUCAGCAGCAGCAGAAGGCAAGCACUAGUGACGUCGUUGUUCGAGAUAGUGUCGGCAAUACGGAACACCAACAACAACAGCCGCUACAACAGUUGGCGUCGCGCGAUAAAAAUGCCAAAAACGCUGAUAAGUGUCGAAAUGCGAUAACAACGUCUACGGCGAUAUCAACAACAGCAACAUUGCCGCCGGUUGUAGCAACAAAUGUCGCGCAAAUAUCGGUUAUCAAUAGCAACAAUAAGAACAACAACAACAAUAAUAACAAUAGCAAAUUGUGUGUUAGUGUAAACAGUACAAAUCCAAGUGAUAUCAAAAAUGCAAAAAUUAGUGAUGAACCACAACAAAAACAACAACACGAACAAGAGCAAGAACAAGAAGAAGUCUCAAGGGCAGUUGUAGAGCAGCAGCAACAACAACAAAGUGAUUUGCUGCCACUAAACUAUCGCGGUGUCAACAAUUCAGUGAUUAUAGCUAAUUUUAAUAGCAACAUCAGCAACAACAAUAAUAACAAUAACACUAACAACAGCACAGCAUCCAACGCGGCGCACUACGAGCAAGAAGAGGAGCGAGCGACCACAGCGCAAGAGCAACAGCUGUUGCAGGACGAGCAGCAGCAACAGCAACAGCAUCAGGAGCAGCAGCAUUAUUUGCGCUACACGCAGCAAUUACCGCAGGACAGCAUCGACGAACAACAGCAGCAGCAGCAACAACAAUUGUUGCAUCUAACCUCGAAUAUACUCAACGGCACUGAUCCCAACUUAAAUUUGGCCGCUGCCGCUGUCGAUUUGCAACAACAGCACCAACACCAACAACAACAACAUCAACAUUGGCUAUCCGCCUACAAUAGUUGUGCCUACGAUCUCUCACGUCAUCAUCAUCAGCAACAGCUGCAACAGCAGCAACAGCACCACCACCAGCAACAUUUACUGCAAUUGGAGCAACAGCAUCAGCAACAACAACAGCAGCAGCAGCACACCAAAGAGUUGCUCGAAAAAUCCGAUUUGAUUGCCUUACAUCCAUCACAUUUACUCUUCUCGCCACAUCUCACCUCACCAGCAUCGCCUUACGUACACUCCACAUCGCCGCAUCAUUUGCAUCCACAUACGCACGCACACGCAGUACAUCAUACACAAUUCAUUGACGACAACAUGCGUAACAAUUUCAGUUUGUACACACCUUAUGGUGGCCAUCCACACCAUGAACAUUUGCAACAUCACGCCACCAGCACUGGCGCUGCGCCCAGCAGCAUUGAUGAGGUUAUACAGGAUACGCUGAAGGAUGAGUGUAUGGAGGAUCAUCAUGGCGUGAGCUAUUGCACAUUGACCACAGUGCCCGAUUUGAAGGAUGCCUAUCAUCAUCAGCAUAUGUUGGCCGAUCAACAGGUGCUGACGCCCACCCAACUGCAUCAGCUGCAUGUGGCUACACAACAUCACAACAAUUCGGUUAGUUCGGGUGGUGGUUCACCGUCGCCUACAUCACUAUCGCAUGGCGGUGUGCCAGGAGAUGGCGCCAGUUUUACACAGCUGACGAAUGCGACCACCUAUCGGGAUGUUUAUGGUAGCUUUCCUUCGGAUCAUACAGUCAUGUCGCUAUUUCCGUCCUCGCUGAGUCCGGUUCUAUCGAGUCAAUCGCGUAAAUUAGUUAUUAAAGAAAUAUCGAAAGAUAACAGCGUUAUAAAGCAAGAAAUUGCAAAUUAUUGGUAA